CCGGCCAGUGCUUGGUGACGUCCGCUUUUCUGAACGUGACUACCUCAAACCGGUGUCCGUGGGGGUUCUUCAGGACCUGUACGUGGAUCCUUCGGCCGCUGACCUGGAGAGCGCCAGCGGGCUGGGAACAAAGUUGAUGUCCGUUCCGAAGGCCAGCUCGUGUCCGCACGUCCUGCACAGUAUCAGCGUGUCGGUGCUGGCGCCGGCGGGGACGCACGACUCCGCGGCCCGGUGUAACAAAACAAACGACAGCACAAAGCCCGGCAGCUGCUUCCAGAACAUCCGCGGACCCGUCACACGCCUCAUCGCUGCGCCGCUGCCUCGAGGCGCACGCGAGAGGCUAAUCAUGCAUUAGCUACUUAGCUUUAUCGUGUAAUUUUAUUUCUUUUCUAGCAGAAUUAAUUUACCUGAGUAAGGUUGUUGCGUGUUGAUGUAGGUUAUAAAAUAUUUAUCUUAAUCUGAAAAUGACGACUUUUAAUGCAAGCGUCAUAAUACUGUGAUUGGUGAACUUCACAAUCGGCUAGCUUGCAUUAGCAUUAGCUCGCAGCACGGAAGUGGUAUUAAAAACAGGAAAUUCAGUUAUAGCGUGCGCAAGUGUACUACAAAGAGCGGUUUUUAAAAUACUGUUUUUUCACUUUUGUAGAUAUGUAAGUUAUAUAUAUUCUACAUUUGAGCUUGACAAUUUAGUUUUAAGUGGUAGGGCCUUUUAUGGAAAAAAUUGAUGCCAAUUUUAUAAACAAUGACCUUAUUGAUUCUUGAGUUUUUGUAUGAUGGUUACAUUGCAACAAUAAUAUUUUUACUAACUACUGCAUUUGUAUAAAAAAAUAAUUCAUUUAAUACAUUCCAAGCUGGACAAACUCGUUAAAACAAUGUCUUUAUUUCGUCUUAUUUGAGGCCAAAAGUGUUAUACGUGUGCUACAUUCAAAUUCCUUUCGUAAAAUUGAAAUCACGACCGAUAAUCUGAUCGCACAAAGGGCAAGUAAAAUCUAGAAAAUUGUUCCACCAAAGAUUUAUCAGAGCAAUUUAGCUAGUUCUACUUACUUUGAUUAUAUUUAUACGUUUUCGCGCAUUACUGCGCAGCUAAAAUGUGUUUCAAUGAAACAAAAAUGACUCGAAACGAAUAACUCGUUUUCUCUGUUGCGUUUUUGAACGCAACAUUUUUCGUCACCCCGGGCAACGCUUACUGAAAACUAAUCCACCAAUCACAAAGCGGGUUCUUGCAAACCAGCCAAUCGGGCGGCUUUGUUUUGUGAAUCCUAACAAAUCGGAAAUUAGUCUCCGAGUUCAUAAAACCUGACCUAAAACUUAGCGGAAUACAUUUUACUUCGUUGUUUUUCGGUUGCUGCGCGUGAUCUAGAUGUGUUUGUAGCUUUGUAGAAGAAUGAAAACCCGAGAUUCACUGCCGCCACCGGUUCACGUCCACGUAACGGAGACUACACCGGUCCAUGUUCACAUGAGGAGGAGUCCCAGCAGAACUUUACAGGCAAAAGACCCUCUGGUGAAAGGAGAUGCAGGGAGGCUGAAGACCCGGACGCCUUGGAUCCCUCCAGGAAUUCUGUCCUGCAGAAGAAGCCUGGGAUCUGACAAGUCUCAGACCGGCCUAAUGCAGCAUCGAUCAGACGGUGGGACCAGACAUCAGCGGGAUGCAGAGGAGCAGGAAGAAGAGCUGGACGGAGUAUCUAAAAACCUCAGUGCUCUGCUCAGGGAGCAAGAAAACCUUCGUUGUUCAAAAAGGUCAGACUCAGGUCAGCACAGAGACACAGACGAGCUCCUCAGGGCGCUUGUGGAAGCAGAAAUCGAUGGUGUCGCCGUAGCCAAUCAGCUGACGGCUCUGAAGGGAACCGUCGACAUCCUCGCCAAGGAGAAACGUCUGUCGAAGCUGCACUCGGCCUCGUUGGGACGGCAGCAGCAGCUGCUGCUGGAGAAGAUAGAGAUGUUCGAUAACACCAAUCACAGCCUGCGGGACCUCCUCAGGGAGUGGAGCGAGCACGAGAGAGAAUGGUUGGUGUGGUCGGCAGAGAGAGAUGCUCUGAAGCAGAGGCUGGCUGACAGUGAAGCAGAAAACACUAGACUUUUUGACAAACUCAGCAGCAAAGAGAAAGAAGUCUCCAAGCUUGCUGAACACUUGGAUUUGGAAAAAGACACGGUGAAGACGACAGAAGAGCUUUCCAGAAUCCUGGAGUCGACUCGGAGCCAUCUGGAGUUGCAGCUGAGCCGAGUGGAGGCUGAGAAGGCCCGUCUGGCUGCUCAGAUUCAGAGGAUGCAGCAGAGCCACGAGCAGAAGCAGGAAGAGCUCCGGGCUCUGCAGGAGGAGCUGCGCACUCUGAGGCAGCAGAAGGAGGACGGGGAGCAGGAAGAGGAGCGGCAGAGGAUGGUUCUGGUCCGGCAGCGAGCCGAGCGGGCCGAGGAGUGCUGCAGGCAGCUGUCAGAGAAACUGCAGGAGAAGGAGUCGCAGCUGUCCGCAGCUCUGUCCACCUCCAGCGACUGGUGUCUCCGUCACUCGAAAGAAGCAGCUGCUCGAGGACAACUGGAGGCGGAGGUCUCUGUUCUCAAACCGAGGAUCACUGAGCUGAACUCGAAGCUUCGAUCGGCGGAGGAGAGGAGUCGGACGCAGAGGGAGGAGCUGAGAGAUCAGCUGCAUCACCUCAGCGAUGAGAAUGCCGCCAUCAAGCUGGAAAACCAAAAACUCAAGAGCGAGCUGACGUCGUCUGAGGAGAAGUUCCGAGGACUUCACGCUGAAGCUCGUCACCUGAAAUCCUCAAUCAGGAAGUCUGAAAACCUGCUGGAGAAGUACAAGAAGAAGGUGCAGCAGGCUCGCUCAGAAUCAGACGAGUGCGGCCUGAAGCUGGAGGCGACGCAGAAGGAGGCGCGGAGGUUGAGGGCGAGCAUGGAGGAGGAGAAGGAGCAGGUGAGACGGGAGCUGUCGACCCGACUCAGAGAGCUGGAGGCGCUGCCGGACCGACUGAGGAGGACCGAGCAGCUGCUCCGAGAUGCCCGGCAGGAGGCCGACGCCCACCAGAGGAGACACCUGGAGAAUGGCGCCGCUCUGUCGGAGCUCAGGCACAAGGUGGAGCAGCAAGGUGCUCAGCUGGAAACAUUUCAGCAGAGGAACCUGCUGCUGCAGGAAGAAAACAACGUCUUGAUGGAGAAAAUCAACAACUUGGAGAGGAAGCUGGAGGACGUAAGUUUAGAAAACAAAGAACUGUCCCAGACCCUGACCUCCAAGGAAGGAAGCGUCCGCAGCCUUCAGCAGCAGCUGGAGGAGAAAACGGCAGAGUGCAGCGUCCUGUCCCGACAGCUGAAGCAAACUCUGGACGACGCUCAGAGACAGGUGGACGACAGCAUUCACAGGGUUCUGGUCAAAGAGAGGACGUCGCAGUCCAAAGCUUUAGAGCUGCAGAGCCAGCUGAGCCGGGCCAAAACAGAACUGAGUCAACUGCAGAGGAACAAGGACGAGAUGGAGCGUCGGUUUCAGACUCAGCUGCAGAACCUGAAGCAGAGACUGGAGCAGUCCGAUUCUACAAACCGCAGCCUCCAGAACUACGUUCAGUUCCUCAAAUCCUCUUACGGAAACGUUUUUGGUGAAUCUUUUCUCACAAGCUGACUGGCUUUAAGUCACCGCAGUAGAUGAAGGCUUUGACUUGAGAUAAAAAAAAGUACAAAAUUCAAUCAAAUGUUUUGAUUCCCUGAAAUUAAUUUUUACUGUUUUGUAUAAAAAAACUAAAACAACUCAUGCCAUAAUCUUUGAUGCAGUUUUUUAAAGAUUAUAUUAAAGGAUUAACAAUGAAAUAAUUAUUAAAUGAGCUGAAUGUUUGAAUACUUUUUAGCAAAUAUAAGGUGCUAAAUGUAAAUGGCAAAUAGACUGAAUUCAUUCACCUGAGCUAAACAA